AUGGCUCUUCUGAAUCUUCUAUCGAUCCGAGAUGAUGAUUCAGAGGCAUUAGCCAAGCUCAAUCGAACUCUUCAUGGAGCCAUGCAUGCCCUGAGGAACGGCGGAUAUGAGCAAGACUUGGAAUCGGGAAUGACUCUGGAACACGUCGUCUCCCGUUUACCUCCGCGAAUGAGAAGUAGCUGGGGCGUGAAAGUGUACCGGAUGACUCCAACACGAGCUACUCUCAAAAAUCUGACAAAGUGGAUAGACGAGAUGGUGAUGGGUGAAUUGAUGACCAGGCCGUCUACUCAUAGAUCACCAGCUCCACAGAAGGAAAAGAAAGCGGGAAGUGCUAAGCCUUCCAUUAAACCAACUCCUCUCUUUGUCAAGAAACCGCAGCAAAGUCCUCCCUCUGAGAGUAAUUCGUCAUCGCUGAAGAAAGGCGUUAUUAAGAAGUGCAUUUAUUGUGAUAACGCCCAUUCGAUAAAAACCUGUUCCACAUUCAAAGAUCUAGAUGUUACAGCUAGAGUGGAGUGGGUAAAAGAGAAACGAUUAUGUUUCAGGUGUCUGAUCGGAACACAUCGGGGAACUGAGUGUCCCACCGAAAUUGUCUGCAACAUUGGGAACUGUGGUAAACGACACCAUCCCCUAUUGCACGGAGCACCUCAAGUUUAUCCCGCGAAUGCUUCAACCACUAAAAAUGCAGGCCAGCCAUCAGCAAAAUCGUCUGAUGGUCGUGCAAUGACCAUUAAAAACAGGGAUACGGCUAUCAACACUUCCCUAGCUAUCGUUCCUGUGUUACUUCAAGCUAACGGGGUGAAAAUAGAAACUUUCGCUUUUCUAGAUCCAGGAGCGACCGUUAACUUAAUUCGAGAAGAUGUAGCUAAACAGCUCAAAUGCAAAGGAAAUGCAAGGAAUGUAUCCUUUGGCUCGUUUCACGGCCAAGACCCACAGUUUCAAUCAACUACGGUUAGUUUGACUGUUAAGGCUCGUGAUAGAUCUUUCGAAUCGGAUUUAAAGCAGGUUUCUACUGUGCCGACUCAGUACCUAAAGUUACCAUGCCCACCGAAGGAGUUAAUGGAGAUCCGAAGUCGUUACCCUCAUCUCAAAGACGUAAAAUUGGUUGAUGUUGGAGAACCAACCAUCCUUAUUGGAGCGGGAAACCAAUGGCUGCAUUUACGUCUAGAUGAAAGACUACCUCCUGUUGGAACCGACGCUCCCUUUGGUUUAUUGACGCCAUUUGGUUUGACUUGUGUUGGCGAUCUAACAUUAGGGACGCAGCAGCAUGAUUCACCGGUUUGUCGUUCAAACAAACCACUGAUGACGGUGCAAAAACUCUGCUACCUUGUACAAGAAUCACCGACGGAAGCACUACUUUUACGUCAAGUCGAGAAAUUGUGGGAAACGGAAAGUUUUCCAAUUGUAACUCCAGCUCAACCGCUAGAAUCAACCGAGGAUAAACUAGCGAGGAAGAAAUUCGAUGCAACUAUUCAAUUCGACGGAACCAGGUAUGAAGUAGGUCUACCAUGGGUUUCAGAAGAUACCGCAUUACCCGACAAUUAUAAUAGUGCAUUGCGUCGACUGUUCUCCAUCGAAAACAAAUUUGUUCACAAUUCUAAUGAUGCUGAGAGAUACAAAGCCGUAAUCGACGACUAUGUGGCAAAGGGAUUCACGCGGCCUCUCAAGGAAAGUGAAUUGAAGGGCACCUUUGGGAGAAAUUGGUACCUUCCCCAUCAAGGAGUCGUAAAUCCUCGAAAACUCGAAAAGGUUAGGGUGGUCUUCGACGCUUCGGCCAAGUACCAAGGAGUUGCACUUAACGAAUUGCUUUUAAAGGGUCCCAACCUUAUCAACGAUAUAGGUGCUACCCUUCUACUCCUUAGAGAAAAGCCGGUGUUCCUAUCUGGGGAUAUUAAGCAAAUGUUUCUUCAAGUUGGCGUGAAGAAAGAAGACCGUUCCGCUCUACGAUUCCUGUGGCGUCCACCUGGCUCUCGAAAAAAACCCACCGUAUAUGAAAUGCAGCGGCAAAUCUUUGGAUCGGUUUCAUCCACUUUUAUCUGCUCCCAAGUGCUUCGACAUAUUGCUGACCUGCAUCGUGAAGAAUUUCCUGAAGCCGCUGAACGAGUCUACAAGAACUUCUAUGUAGAUAACCUUCUGGAUUUUUUUUACACCGAAGAGGAGGCUAGUUGA